AUGCUGUCGUCUGCCAAGUCUCUCGACGAUGGGGCAGCAGCACGACAGGCGCUACUACGCGACCCGAAGCGCAUGACGUCUCUGCUGAUGCGCGCGUUCUCGUCGUCAAUGUUGCACGAUUCCUUGAGCGGCGACGUCGCGAGACGCGCGAGUACAGAGCGCGAGGAAGAAGAGGAGGACGAGGACGACGAGGGAGAGGAGGACGAGGGAGAGGAGACGGACUUGGCACAAGGGAAGAAGCUGCGAGAGAUGAAGGGACGGGUGGACGCCGAUACGACUGCAGAGAGCGCGCGACUUCGCGUGGUGAUUGACCGCGUCGCCAAGGACGUCGACAGCGAUGAUGAGGAUGACGAUGACGACGACGCAGAAGAAGAGGAAGAAGAAGAGGAAGAGGACGAAAACUUGGGCAAACCUUUGGACGAAGACGAGCUGGAGGUGGUGGCAACGACGUUGCAGGCUGCCACGCGCAUGGUCGAAGACCUGCGGCUCAAGCGACUGCUGAAAGCAAGGCAGGAGAUGGACCAACCGCAGCAGGAUGAAGGUCGAUGUAUCGAUCAUUCUCUCUCGUUGUCAAUGGGGAAGACGCUUCCACGCGUGUCACGGUCAAGAAGCAAUUCUUCUACCGGGGGAGUACCAGGUCGGCCCGUGCCACGUGCUCGCGUGCGGUGCAACCCGGCUUGCAGCGGGUGCGGCAAAUCCUUUUACCCGUUUCAUCGCAGUAGAAACUGCACCGCAUGUGGAUUUGCGUUUUGCCCAAAGUGCUCGUCGAACUACGUGGUUUUGCCGUCUUGUUUCGAGCAUCGUGAUGAGUCCGUGCGCGUGUGUGAUCUCUGCACACGCUGGUUCCAGACAGCAAUGGACCACUACUUUGAUGUGAUGGACUUGGCUGACAGCCGUGAUCAAGAUGGUACAGUUGUUGAUGCCAGUGGUGUAGACGAAGGUGGUUCCGAGGAAACAUUGCGUGCAGCAUCCAGCUGCAGCAGUGGCUCAGUGCUAGGAUCAAGCUUCAGAGACGGAGCGUUUUCGCUGCUGACGCGUCCCCGAUCGUCGAUUUCUUCCCCGAAGGCCAGUAUUCGUGAUUCUAACGAUGAUGUUACGAAUGAGAAUCGCGAAAGCGACGAAAUUGGGGCUGUCUCGAGUACUACGGCGUCGCUAUCCAGGCAACGUCACCGGCAACCAACGACGACUUCUGCUCCCUCUUCAUCGAUGACCAAAACCAAGCCUUGGUUUAGCGGUCACUUACACGCGAUUCACGUCAACGAUCGAUUGCCGAGAAAGAAGAAAGCAAGAGGUGAAAGUGAAGGCGAUACUGAAAGCAACACAUUCGAUCGAAGAUACGCACGAAAGGGCCGUACAAGUAGUAGCGGUUCGGCUCCUUCUAAGAGUCGAUGUACGAACGAGGAAGUCGGCGACAGGUCCAGCGUACAGCACGAUGAGGGUGCAAAGCGAGUAUUGUCAAUAUCCGAGAGUGCUUCUAGAUAUUCGCCGAUUUUGAACGUCUUGCCGGCACGAAACCCCGACAGUCUUGAAAGCAAUGUUUUGGCACAGCCUGGAAGAAAAGCACGGAGAUCCAAGUUUUUGCGGUCAGCAAGCUUUGAUCUGGCCAACCUGCUUACAACUGUUUCUCCUAACGCAUCGUCAAGCCCUUCAGAAGCGAAGCGCUGUCACACGUUUGGUCCGGGUGAUGUUGGGGUCGUUGCUGCCGAUGCUAGUAGCUCUAGUGCUAACAGUGCGCGGUCAAAAAAGGCGUUUGAUGACAGCGACAUAGUGGAUGCGCGUGCCCAGCUUGACUCACCGGAAGUGAAGAUGGAAAGCGAGGCGAAGCUUGCUGCAGCAGUAUUGCGAUUUGCAGUUUACGAAAUGGGUGGAAAAGAAGGGACGGGAUUACGCCGCACGUUUGGAUUUUCGAAAGCAAACCCAGUGCUGGACCGAUACACUUUGGAGCUAGAUUGCCGCCAACGGGUUGUUCGAGUGAAGUCUGUGUUUAUGCAUCGCUUCUGGUCGUUUCAUUGUGAUGCUGUGCGGUCGUUCGUGUUUGGUUCGUCUGAAGGAAUGGCCCGCCUCAUCACGUCGAAUACUGGUCAGGAAAACCAAUCCCUUGAGCUAAAAUUUGCAAAUGAUGAGGAAAGAGAGCAGUUCAAGCAAGCGAUUGACAGCUGUCGAUCCGCCAACCUCUAUCGUAUGCGUGGACUUGCCCCACGAGGCGCAAUAUCGAUUCCUGUACGGACUGAAAUCUCAACGUCCCGUAUUCUGGACGACUUUCGCUCGCCGGUACCCGAAGAACCAAACACUUUGUUUAUAAGAGACUCGCCAGUAUCCGUUGGGUCCGAGUUGGCACCGAUUCAUGACACUGUUGGUAGCAACGUGAUUUACCCUUCGACUCCGCAGUCGAUAUGUGUGCCACUGUUGCCAGGAGAAGUUGUAUCGAAAGACACGGAGCUCCAGGCAACUUUGCUGAUCGGCCCUGUAAGCGAUACGUGUGAGCCCACCCUAGUUUGGGGACGUCUACGCGGUAAAGUAGCUGUGACGAAUUACCGCGUGAUUUUCUUACCGUUCGAUCGUGUGCAGGUCCAGUCACGAUGUGGAGGACAAGGCGACAUCGCGUACAUUCCGUUGUUUGCGAUAACUCAAGUCCAGCUCCUUUGUCCCGGUGGCCGUCGAGCAAAAUCUGGCCGCACGAAUAACGCGGGAACGGCAAGCUCUGUACAUAUUAUUGUAGUUAGUUGCAAAGACAUCCGCGUGAUGCGAUUCCAAUUGGACACUGUCUCCACCGGUUCAGAUGACUAUGCGAUGAAAUUGCAUUCGACGAUAUCGAAGCUAGCGGAUGCUUCUCAGCGAUACUCGAUCGUGGAUCGGUGCAGCCCUACAAGCACGUCUUCUCUCUCGUCCCUUGCGCCGCCAAGUUCUACUGACGGUGCUGGCCAAGGACUAGAAAGAGAUGCUGAUGGUGAAGAAGCAAUGCUGUAUAUGAGCAGAGAGUCCACCUUCCAUUCAACUCCUGGUGGAUCACGAAACCCAGCCUAUGCUGCGUCACCGGUACUUCGUCCUGGUCGAGUUUCGACGCCUUCCCGAGAAGUCAGUGGCUCGUUUGCCUUUGCUUAUUCCAUUGCAGAUAUUCCUGUGGAUCAGGAUGGAUGGAAUGUAUUUGUCGACGAGCGAGAGUUCAAACGACAGAUUGGCGGAGAUUCUGCCGUGUCGCCAUUUCUGAAGUACUACAAAAACGACAAGGGCAAUAUCUGCAAGUCGUAUCCGUCGAAAUUGCUCCUACCCGCUUCGAUGAACUCGUUAACGUUGGCGAAGGUAGCUGAUUUCCGUUCGAAGAACCGCCUGCCUGUGAUCACAUACUACCACCGACGAAACAGGUGUGUAUUGACCCGCUCUAGCCAGCCCCUCCUGGGUAGCUUACUGUCUGGGACUUCGAACGUAUCUGACCAGCUUCUUUUGGGAGUUUAUCGUCGACUGCCGGAUAUUAUCGAAAACCAAUCGCAGUCAUCAGUAUCAUCUCGACCGAUCUAUAUAUUCGAUGCUCGAAAGCCGAAGGCCUCGACAGGGAAUCGACUCAUGGGCAAGGGAGGUGUAGAGACUUCUCAAGAUUACCCUGGUGCUGUCAUUCACCAUCUCAACAUUGCCAACAUGUACCGGAUGCAAUCAUCACUUAUGGGACUGAUGAAGCUAUUCCUGCCUGGUGGCACUGGAGACACCGAUCGUGCGUGGCUAUCCAGUGUGGAGUCCACAAGGUGGCUGGAUCACGUGCGGUUGGUUUUGGAUGGCGCAUUGAAGAUCGCACGCGUGUUGGAACUGGAAGGAGCAUCUGCGCUUGUGCAUUGCAGCGACGGUUGGGAUCGGACGCCGCAGUUGUGUGCCCUGGCGCAGUUGAUGAUUGAUCCCUACUACCGAACCAUUCGAGGAAUCAUGUGCCUAAUUGAGAAAGACUGGUGCGCGUUUGGCCAUAAAUUCAGCGAAAGAACUGGAGGAGAUCGCAAUCGCGACCCACAGCGGAACAAAUCCUCGCCCAUCAUGCUUCAGUUUAUUGAUGCUGUGUGGCAGAUGCAACGUCAGUAUCCUCGUUCAUUCGAGUUCAACGAGCGCUUUUUGAUGCACUUGGCGAAUGCGAUGACCUCUGGACUUUACGGGACAUUUCUGUAUGAUUCGCGGCUUCAGCGAGAUGUGAACGAAGUGAAACGUCACACAGUGUCAGUUUGGACGCCGGUGCUGAUGAAUCCAUCCCUGUACGCAAAUAGCAAGUACGAGAUGUACGACGGACCUAUCUGGCCCUGGGUCAGCUGCAAAACGAUUCAGCUUUGGGAAAACUACUUUUUCCAGUGGCAUCCCAAGUUUUACAGGUGCCGUUGGGCGUGCAGCUUGGUUCACCACGGCGCAUCUGGAUCGGCUUGCGACACAACAAGCAGCGUCGACACUCGUGGUGACAGGGAAGCGGUCGUUGUGGAGCACGAUACCCCGCAUCGUGAAACCCCAGUGGUCAGCGACCCGCCAGCACUAGAUCUAUUGUCAACGCCUACAAAUUCCGCUGUGGCCGACGAAGACGGCGACCAUGGUGGUUCCUCUUUCGAAGAAAGCGAUGCAGACUGUCCAAAGAGAGCUCGAACUGCCAGCGAAGCGUACACGCAGAAGGCGUCAAAGCGAAAUCUUUUUGGCCUCGGUCGAUCAAGUCGUCAACGGGCUCAGAGCGAAGAGAAUGGGAGUCAAGCAGUAUGCUAG